CGCCGUAGACAGCAGUGCAUGCUGGAUCUUGGCAAUAUGGCGUCCUCCUUGGUGUGCUGAUGAGGGGAGUUCCACUGUUGCUCCAGAGCAGAGGGCAAAACUCCCCGGACCCAAUAAGCCCAGUUUUCCUGUGUGGUCCGCAGGCCCGUGUCGCGCGUGUCUCGGGACUCGUUCCCGGAUAGGAGAGAGCCACGAAGCCGAAGGCCAGGGCGGGUCAGGCCGCGCGGACCCGGGGCUGAGGAGCCGGCUGCGGACGGGCACGAUGGGCCGGUCCUGGCUCAGGUUGCAGCCCCGCAGGCGAGUGCGGGACCCGCAGGGCUGAGAGCCGGUGGACGAGCCCCGAAGCCCCUUGAACCCGACCCCCUGAGGCCUCGGCCCGGCCAGCGCAGUCGGAGAACCCGCACGGUGAGCGGGGCGGCCUGCCUGCCCGGGAUCCCCUGAGGCGUUGGAGGCCGGGAGCAGGGUCACCCCCCAGGCCUGGCGUCUCUCCCGCCUUGACCGACGGGCUCCGGAGCCGCGGGUGAGGGCCGCGGCGCGUGUGUGCCCGCGCAGCUCUUGGGGCUGCGGGGUUGGUUACCCACCGGCUCGACACCCCCACCCCGCCCCUCCGACUCCCCGCUCAGAGUUCGAGAUAAAGAUCUCCGAGUUGUUGUUUUUGUUCUCCUGAAUAAGAUCUUCGAACACUCUUCACCGUCUCUUUUCCCAGCUCCCCGUUUUCCCGUAUUAUUUCUCCAGUUGUGGUACACACUAGUUUUUAAGGCUGGAGGUUCUUGAGCGCUUGCUGCCAAGGACUCCCCCUCCCCCUCCCCCCCUGAUGGAGUCGGAGAUGCUGCAGUCGCCUCUUACGGGACUCGGGGAGGAAGAUGAGGCCGACCUUACAGAUUGGAACCUGCCUUUGGCUUUUAUGAAGAAAAGACAUUGUGAGAAAAUUGAAGGCUCCAAAUCUUUAGCGCAGAGCUGGAGAAUGAAGGAUCGGAUGAAGACAGUUAGUGUGGCCUUGGUCCUGUGCCUGAAUGUGGGCGUGGAUCCUCCAGAUGUGGUGAAGACAACACCUUGUGCACGAUUGGAGUGCUGGAUCGAUCCUCUGUCUAUGGGUCCUCAGAAAGCUCUGGAAACCAUCGGUGCAAAUCUACAGAAGCAGUAUGAGAACUGGCAGCCAAGGGCUCGGUACAAACAGAGCCUCGAUCCCACUGUGGAUGAAGUCAAGAAGCUCUGCACAUCCCUGCGCCGGAAUGCCAAGGAGGAGCGGGUCCUCUUCCACUAUAACGGUCAUGGGGUGCCCAGGCCUACUGUGAAUGGAGAAGUCUGGGUCUUCAACAAGAACUACACUCAGUACAUCCCUCUGUCCAUAUACGACCUGCAGACCUGGAUGGGCAGCCCAUCCAUCUUUGUCUACGACUGCUCCAAUGCUGGCCUCAUCGUGAAGUCCUUCAAGCAGUUUGCGCUGCAGAGGGAGCAAGAGCUGGAGGUAGCUGCAAUUAACCCAAACCAUCCACUUGCCCAGAUGCCCUUGCCUCCAUCAAUGAAAAACUGCAUCCAGCUGGCAGCCUGCGAGGCACACGAGCUCUUGCCAAUGAUCCCUGACCUCCCAGCCGACCUGUUCACAUCCUGUCUCACCACUCCCAUCAAGAUUGCUCUGCGCUGGUUUUGCAUGCAGAAGUGUGUCAGUCUGGUGCCUGGAGUCACGCUGGAUUUGAUAGAAAAGAUUCCUGGACGGCUGAAUGACCGGAGAACCCCUCUGGGUGAGCUGAACUGGAUCUUCACAGCCAUCACAGACACCAUCGCCUGGAAUGUGCUCCCUCGGGAUCUCUUCCAAAAGCUUUUCCGACAGGACCUGCUGGUGGCAAGUUUGUUUAGAAAUUUUUUAUUGGCAGAAAGAAUCAUGAGGUCAUAUAACUGCACUCCAGUAAGCAGCCCACGACUCCCACCAACAUACAUGCAUGCCAUGUGGCAGGCCUGGGACCUUGCCGUGGACAUUUGCCUGUCUCAGCUGCCAACCAUCAUCGAGGAGGGCACUGCCUUCAGGCACAGCCCAUUCUUUGCUGAGCAGCUGACGGCAUUCCAGGUGUGGCUCACAAUGGGUGUGGAAAACAGGAGCCCCCCAGAGCAGCUGCCCAUUGUCCUACAGGUGCUGCUAAGCCAGGUGCACCGGCUGAGGGCCUUGGACUUGUUGGGACGCUUUUUGGACUUGGGUCCCUGGGCGGUGAGCUUGGCCCUGUCGGUGGGCAUCUUCCCCUAUGUGCUGAAGCUGCUCCAGAGCUCAGCCCGAGAGCUGCGGCCACUCCUUGUCUUCAUCUGGGCCAAAAUCCUCGCUGUGGACAGUUCGUGCCAGGCUGACCUCGUGAAGGACAACGGUCACAAGUACUUCCUUUCCGUCUUGGCAGACCCCUAUAUGCCAGCUGAACAUAGGACCAUGACGGCCUUCAUUCUUGCUGUAAUCGUCAACAGCUACACCACAGGGCAAGAAGCCUGCCUGCAGGGGAACCUGAUUGCCAUCUGCCUGGAGCAGCUCAGUGACCCGCACCCCUUGCUGCGCCAGUGGGUGGCCAUUUGCCUGGGAAGAAUCUGGCAGAAUUUCGACUCUGCGAGGUGGUGUGGGGUAAGAGACAGCGCCCACGAGAAGCUCUACAGCCUCCUCUCCGACCCCAUCCCUGAGGUCCGAUGUGCGGCUGUGUUUGCCCUUGGCACCUUUGUGGGAAACUCUGCUGAAAGGACCGACCACUCUACCACCAUCGACCACAAUGUGGCCAUGAUGCUGGCCCAGCUGAUCAAUGAUGGGAGUCCCAUGGUCCGAAAGGAGCUGGUGGUGGCUCUGAGUCACCUUGUAGUUCAAUAUGAGAGCAAUUUCUGCACUGUGGCCCUGCAGUUCAUGGAAGAAGAAAAGAACUACCCUUUGCCUUCUCCUGCAGCCACAGAGGGGGGAAGCUUGACCCCAGUUCGUGACAGCCCAUGCACCCCCAGACUCCGUUCAGUGAGCUCCUAUGGGAACAUCCGAGCUGUCACCACAGCUAGGAACCUGAACAAAUCUUUGCAGAAUCUGAGCUUGACAGAAGAAUCGGGCAGCUCAGUGGCCUUCUCCCCUGGGAACCUCAGCACCAGCAGUAGCGCCAGCAGCACCUUGGGAAGCCCUGAGAAUGAGGAGUACAUCCUGUCCUUUGAGACCAUCGACAAGAUGCGGCGUGUGAGCUCCUACUCGGCACUCAACUCCCUCAUAGGAGUUUCUUUUAAUAGUGUUUACACUCAAAUUUGGAGAGUCUUGCUACAUCUAGCUGCUGAUCCCUAUCCAGAUGUUUCUGAUUUGGCCAUGAAAGUCCUCAACAGCAUUGCUUACAAGCUGUCCCAGCUCUCUGAAGCCAAUGGAUUCCACCAGCCAUUCAGUCUGCUCAGUUUUGAGAAGGAGACCUGCAGCCACCUUGGCACAGGCUCCCCGCCAGCAUCUAGCACCAGCAGCUGUAGCCUGACCAAUGACGUGGCCAAGCAGACUGUCAGCCGUGACCUGCCCUCCAGCCGCCCGGGUACUGCAGGCCCCACAGGGGCACAGUAUACCCCUCACUCCCACCAGUUCCCUCGAACACGAAAGAUGUUUGACAAAGGCCCUGAUCAGACCACAGAUGACGCAGAUGACGCUGCUGGACACAAAAGCUUCAUUUGUGCUACGAUACAGACUGGCUUCUGUGACUGGAGUGCCCGCUACUUUGCCCAGCCAGUCAUGAAGAUCCCUGAAGAGCAUGACCUGGAGAGUCAGAUCCGCAAGGAACGAGAGUGGAGGUUCCUGAGGAACACUAGAGUCAGAAAGCAGGCCCAGCAGGUCAUCCAGAAGGGCAUCACCAGACUGGAUGAUCAGAUAUUUCUGAACAGGAACCCUGGCGUCCCCUCUGUGGUCAAAUUCCACCCCUUUACACCAUGUAUAGCUGUUGCCGACAAGGACAGCAUCUGUUUUUGGGACUGGGAGAAAGGAGAGAAGCUGGACUAUUUCCACAAUGGCAACCCUCGGUACACCAGGGUCACCGCCAUGGAGUAUCUGAAUGGCCAGGACUGCUCCUUGCUACUGACAGCCACAGAUGAUGGUGCCAUCAGGGUCUGGAAAAAUUUUGCUGAUUUGGAAAAGAAUCCAGAGAUGGUUACUGCAUGGCAAGGGCUCUCAGACAUGCUGCCAACAACACGAGGAGCUGGGAUGGUAGUAGACUGGGAACAAGAAACUGGCCUCCUCAUGAGCUCAGGGGACGUGCGCAUUGUCCGAAUCUGGGACACUGACCGUGAGACAAAAGUACAGGAUAUUCCCACGGGUGCUGACAGCUGUGUGACAAGUCUGUCCUGUGAUUCCCACCGCUCACUCAUUGUGGCUGGCCUGGGCGAUGGCUCCAUCCGAGUGUAUGACAGGAGGAUGGCACUCAGUGAAUGCCGGGUCAUGACUUACCGAGAGCACACUGCGUGGGUGGUAAAGGCCUACCUGCAGAAGCACCCUGAGGGCCACAUCGUGAGUGUGAGUGUCAAUGGAGAUGUGCGCUUCUUUGAUCCUCGGAUGCCUGAGUCCGUGAAUGUAAUGCAGAUUGUGAAGGGGCUGACAGCCCUCGACAUCCAUCCCCAAGCAAACCUGAUCGCCUGUGGCUCCAUGAAUCAGUUCACAGCCGUCUACAACGGAAACGGGGAGCUGAUCAACAACAUCAAAUACUACGACGGGUUCAUGGGCCAGCGUGUCGGGGCCAUCAGCUGCUUGGCUUUCCACCCACACUGGCCUCAUCUGGCAGUAGGAAGCAACGACUACUACAUCUCUGUGUAUUCGGUGGAAAAGCGCGUCAGAUAGCGGCACCCAGGACUCCUGCCAGGCUGCAUCCACCCUCUGCUGUACAUAGUGAACCAACUGCACUGCUUAGGUUGCAGUGCCCACCUACCCACCCACCUUGCAGACCUUGGCUCCUGAUUUGGCCAUGGCCAACUGAGGAGGGGGCUUGCACUUCUGUCUGUCUUCACUGUAAUGUACAAGUCCAGAGCAGGGGAAGGUUUGAUGUUGCUUCCCAUCAAGAACCAGCACCCAGGCACCAAGGACCUCAUGAUGCCUCUCAGCACAUCAUGGUCCUUUUCUGUCCUGUUUUCUUCUGUGAUUUUACAAAGGGAUACAUUUAGUUUUGCCAUGUGAUCAAAGCAUUAGUCACAGGACAGAUGGAGCCCUGUAGAAACGCUGCGUUUGGGGCUCCUGAGAGCCGUGGCCCAGCCCUGCUGUCCUCUCAUGUGGACAGGAACCCCUCAGAGUAGGCUGGGCAAUGCUGGAAAAUGGAAGGAAGCAAUUGAGGAGGAGAGGGGAGGCCUCUCUUGCUACCCAAGUAUGGAAGUCUGAGCCUGGCCCUCGUAGGGCACUGAGACAGCCCAACACAUCCACCUCAUCACUGGGUAUGUUAUGAUGGUGUGAGGAAAGCUGCCCCCCCCCCCCCCGCCUGCACAGCUAGACCUCAGAGGUCUAGUCUGGGCCCCUAACAUGAACUGGUUUACAGGAAAGGGCUCUGUGGCUGUGGACAGAUAAGGCAGAUCUGUAGAAUUAGCUGUUGCCUCAACCUGCCAGGCUCAUUCUGAAGUGCUUCUCUCCCAUAGGGUAGUAGCAGUGGCCACGGCCCCUAGCUCCCUGUGUAUGCCACACACAGGCACACAAGCAUGCAGGCACGUAGCCUCCCCAUCCAUGCCCAAGCACAUAUGGGUGCCCUGGUCUUCCUGUCUGUGCACACUUAGGGUGUGCACUCGUGCAGGUCCACAGUCUCCCCUCCUGCACAUGUAUGAGCACUGUGGCCUGCCACAGGUACACUCACAUGCUGGCCUCACACUCAUCACACACACAGGUUCAGAGACUGCAUUGGACCCUAGAGCCAUGUGGGCAGCAACAGCCCCAUGGAUGGUGUGACUAAGGUUGCAUGAUGCAAUCUGUGAUGUGGAAGAGUUUCUCAGGAGUGUCCUGGUGUGCUGGCAUGUGUCUGUGUGCACAUAAAAGUGAGGGGCCAUGGACAUUUCAGCCCUGGAUGGAGCACAGCAUUGCUGAGGAGUUGCACACAAACAGGGCACAACACAGUAAUGAUGUUUUGAAAAGCAUUUCCGUUUUCCCUGAGAAUCAGGAUCUUUCAGAGGAGAACAAAAUGGCUUAAUCAGGUCUGCCACCAGGAGUCCAUACAGGUUGGUGCAGUGAGGGCAGAGGCUGGGUCCCUGUGCUGUACUCAACAGAUCUGUUUUAGUCAAGAGCAUCUUCCUUGUGAAAGGAUUCCUGCAGGCAGUCCUGGGCUAACCACAGGGCCAGAUGGGGCUGGACAAGCAGGACAGGAGACCCUUGUAUCAGGAGGAAGGCUCAUCCACUUGGCUGGUCCAGACAGCAGCUUGGAGUCAGGAAAGCCUUAGAACCACCUGACACCCCAAGGAGCCCACUUGCCCAAUUGUGCAGAGGACUCUAGUGGGGGACACACUGGAACCUUCCAGCAGCUGGACUCCAAAUGUGGUCCAGCUCAGUCCCUGUCUAGCUGGUGGUUCUGUUUUGGUGCACGGGGCCACCUGAAGGGUUGAGUGACCUCCCUUCCCUGGUGGAGCUGCAGUGCUUGACCCCACCCACGGCCUGGGCCUUCACAGGUCUGAUGCGGAAAUUCAAUCAUGAAGCUAACUAAGGCUCGAGAGAGCGCCGGCCUAGAGCUCAUUGUCUAUUUAUUUUACCAAAAUGAGAGUUGAAAAGGACUGACAAGACAUGGAACUGCAAUGAAGCUCAGAGCAGUGACAAGCAGCAAGUGUUAAUAAAGAAUAAAGCCGUGAGAAGA